AUGCCUGCAGAAUUAUUGGCUGAAGUAUUCCAUCUCGCGACGUUCACUCGCUCGUACAGCGAUCGAAAAACACGGCAAGAUUCGCCUCUACCGACUCUUUUCACCAUCGCAAGAGUAUGCGUACACUGGGCCAAGACCAUCAUCCGGUGUUCGUCUUUGUGGGAUGUCGCGGCAUCUUUCGCGCGCUCUGAGAAAGCUCGACGGCGACUUCUUCUUCGGUCCACGAGCAACAACCUCCACUUCAGUUCGUUUGGCACAGCGCUGACGGAGGCCGUUAUUCGAGGAGUACCAUUCAUUCGCUCUUUGGAGGCGUUUUCGAAUUAUCCCUUUUGGACUAGGCUACUCGAUCCGGCGAAUCAUUUCGACAACCUUGAGUUCCUAUGGCUCCAACGCUUUGGCCCUAACACACGUCGACCCCGUCCUGUGUUGAAUGCUCCCAGGCUGAGCACAUUGAGGACGGAUGUACUGGUGGACCUACGCGGGUCAGCCCUACGUACACUCAUAUUCGGGGUGCGAACCCUGACGACGUCAGAGUGUCUCGUAGGCUUGCGCGACCUCCUUGCGCAAUCCCCUGGCCUGCAAAUACUGCACAUAGAGCGCCAGACGGACGGCGCAUACUCCGAUUCAGAUUGGGCGAACAUCUUGCUCCCCUUAUCAGGAGGACUGCUGCAGGAGCUCUACGUUCUGGAUCUCAGAACUCGAGGGGAGUUCGUCGACACGCCCGCCAUCUUGUUGCCGCACCUUCGCAAGUUGGUUUCCAGGUUGGCGUUGAACCUCCGGGCGCCGCUCAUCGAAGACGCAUCCAUAUCCGAUAUCUUCAACCCCGAGUUCAGAAACAUCCUAUGUGGCAUUUCGCAUGCGUUCUCGCUCACCGUUCUGGAGCGAUCACACGAAUCUCAUGCGACAUACUCAAUCGACUUCGACCACGUGCAGCGCGUACACUUCCACCGCUUGAGCACGUUCACUUAUCUGGGUGAUAUGGACACGAGACUGCUUGCUAUGAUGCGCAUCAUCCAAGCACCAUGGCAUACGGUGAACUUGACAACAAGCGUCGCGACAUCUCUUUGCCCUCCUGUCUACCACAACUGCCACGAAGUCAACGAGCGCGGCGAUCGUCUACGUGAAAAUAUACACCGGCUGUUCUCGCUUCGCACGUUCUUGGAGUCAGCUACAAACACCCGGGAGACCGUGCUCUGCAUAGAGUUAUUUGCGGAUGUGAAGUCUAUACAUCAUCGCAUCCGGUUCAAGCUUCUGUGCGCUGACGCCGUCAACAACACAAAAACCGCGUCUUCACUCGAUAUACCACCCGCUUGUGUCAACAUAGACGCUCAUCUGCGGGCGAGAUCAUGCAGGGACACACACCGGGGCGGAUUCAAAGUUACAGCGUCAUACGUUCUCACAGCCGUCGCCCUGAAGUCCGUGAGUUCAAUCCGGAUGGAUAUCCAUCCUGCUUCGGGAUGCGAGAGACACCAAUUGGAUAUGCCGCUGCGGUAUGAUCAAACCUGGACUCUUCCAGACCCCGUGAACCUACCAGAGCUAGAGGACGCCAACCUGCUACGCGACAACCUCCUUAACAUGCCUAUCGUCCAACAUCUUCGCAUGACACUCCUUCGAUGGCACGAGGAUCACAGAUACACAAUGCUACAUGUGCUAGCAAGUGAUGUCCAACGAGCAUUGCUCCCGCUUUUGACAACCUUACGGAUAGAUGGGAUGCGUGGAGCGAAAUCUUUACGCAUCGGUGUGGGGAGUUGGUGGGAAGAUCUCAUGCAGAUCGCUGCACUGCGCCCCGACGUGACGAUCGUAUUUUCGGGCAACGUCUGCAUGUGCAAGAACACAGAUCGGAUAAGGGCGAAAUUGCGAGCGUUGCAGAAGUUGGUCCGAAUAGUGGAGAUGGGGACUGAUGACUGUGACAGCUGUGAUUGA